UCUCAGCUUUCUUUCCUUUCUUUCUCUCAUUUCCUUCCAUUUUCAUUUUUUCUUUUUUCAUUUUUUUUGGGUUUUCCCUAUCAAUUUUCUCUAUCCGCAAACGCAAAACCUCAAAAUUAAAAAAAAAAAAUUUCCUUUUCUAAUCGCUCAGUUGUUAGAUCUCAAUGUUUUGCUCUUUCUAUUCUCGGAUCCUUUUUGUUCUAGCUCAAAAAUUACGGUUUUCCAUUUUCGCUUUUGUCUCAGCUCUCACUUCAAUCAGGAACCAUAAUUGAGCUCUUUUAAAGAAUUCUUGUUUUUGGCAAAUUUCUCCCGAACUUUUGCUUCUUAAGGCAGGUUUUGGAUGGUUCUCACCUGUUGGUGGGGAUUCGUGCAUGAUUACAAAGAGAUGAGUCACACAAAAAAUGAGAGGGAAGAUGUAAUGUUCUCUAAGGAUCAGACAGAAUCACCAUUGGUUGAUGAUGAUAACUGUGGAGGAGGUGCAGGUGGGGGAGUUGUUCUGAAGAAAGGGCCCUGGACGUCUGCUGAAGAUGCAAUUUUGAUUGACUAUGUGAAGAAGCACGGGGAAGGCAACUGGAAUGCUGUUCAGAAGCACUCUGGGCUGCUACGUUGUGGAAAAAGUUGCCGUUUACGUUGGGCAAAUCACUUAAGGCCAAACUUAAAGAAAGGGGCAUUUACUCAAGAAGAAGAACAGCUGAUCAUUGAACUCCAUGCAAAGAUGGGAAAUAAAUGGGCUCGGAUGGCUUCACAUUUGCCUGGCCGUACAGAUAAUGAGAUAAAAAAUUAUUGGAAUACCCGGAUUAAGAGACGUCAACGUGCUGGGUUACCUUUGUAUCCUCCCGAAGUGUGCCUGCAAGCAAAGCAGGAGAGCCACAGUAGCAGUGCAGUUAAUGGAGGGGAUAGAGGACCUCAUGAUAUCUUGCAGAACAACAGCUAUGAGAUACCUGAUGUCAUAUUUGACAGUUUGAAGGCCAAUCAAAGUGUCCUGCCUUAUGUCCCUGAGCUUCCUGAUUUAUCUGCUAGCAGCAUGCUGAUGAAAGGUCUAGGUUCUUCUCCAUAUUGUGGUUUCAUAUCACCAACAAUCCAUCGCCAGAAGCGUCUUCGAGAAUCGACAGCCUUUUUCCCUAGUUACACUGGUGCUGUUAAAAGUGAAGGUCCCUUGUUUGAGCAGUUUCAAGAUGAUAUGUUGGAUAAGGCUGCUCGAUCCUUUGAGCUGCCUUUUCCAAUUGAACCAGAUCCUACAGCUAAAAACUCUCAGUCAUUUGGUGUAUUUCUAGGUAGCCAUGCCAUUUCAAAUGGCAAUUUCUCUGCUUCAGAGCCCACUUUGGAGGCUGUGAAGUUGGAGCUCCCUUCACUCCAAUAUCCAGAAACUGAAUUAGGUAACUGGGGCACAUUAUCCUGCCCACCACCUUUACUUGAGAAUGUUGAUGCUUUUAUCCAGUCACCACCUCCAACCAGCGGAGUCGAGUCAGAUAGUCUUUUACCCCGUAAUAGUGGCCUGUUGGAUGCUUUACUGCAUGAAGCAAAAACUCUAAGCAGUGCAAAGAAUCAUGCAUCUGACAAGAGCUCAAAUUCAUCAACUCCCGGUGAUAUAGCUGAAAGUUCCAAUUUCAACAUUUGUGAAACAGAUAGGGAAAACUGUGGUGAACCUCUUUCUCCGGUGGGUCAUUCAGCAACUUCUCUUUUCAGUGAGUGUAUCAGUGCAAGUGGCAGUUCAUUGGAUGGACAACCACCUAUUGAAACAUUUACUGAGUCUCAUGUGAAAUCAGAACCAGCUGACCUUGUUUUGACACCGGAGAUACAAAAAGAGACUCCUAUUCAAUUGGAUAGUAAUUGCCCUGAUAAUUUAUUUGCUUCAAAUUGGCUUGAUCAGGGUUCUGGUUUUGAUAAGGACCAAACAAUCAUGACUGAUGCCAUAGCAAGCCUUCUUGGUGAUGAUUUGAGUAGUGAGUAUAAGAAUAUGGCAGCUGCAACAUCUAUUUCAAGUCAAGCAUGGGGCCUUGGUUCUUGUGCAUGGAAUAACAUGCCUGCUGUCUGUCAAAUGCCUGAACUCCCUUGAGAUCUGCUAUCUCUAUUGUAUGAGCUACUCUGAAGCUUUUUGUUUGUUUCAUUCAUUCCAUGAUUUGUUGAUGUGGGUAGACAAAUGAACCUGAUUAUCAAAACUCAUUUGGGAAGAGACCACAAUAUGGUAUAAGUCAUGGAUGUUUGGUUUGUUGUUUUUUUAUGUUUUUGUUGAACUGUUGAAUGCGUGUAUGCCAAUUGGAACUACAAGGUAUACAAAUGCAUUCAAGCUGUUGUUAUACUUUUAGAAUAACCAUGCACUUUUAGCAUGGAACCCCCAGUCUAAUGAUUUUGCCAUUUGAUGCAUGUGUCUUGACUGACGCUGAUUUGUGGUAGGGCGGUCAGAUGACAGAUCUCAAAAGCUUACUCUCGUUUCAUUAAUAUAAUAGAUAUUUGGUGGA